AUGUACAACCCGAGUGGUUACAUCACACCAACAGGCCAGCCUAAGCCAAGGGUAGAAUUGCCAGUGGAGGCAGAGAUUAGUGUAGUUAGGGAGGAUGGACCUAAUCAAUGGCUAGAUGACCUAGCAGAAUUGGAAGAGGACAUAGCCAACCUUCAAUUCUUUAAUGAACAGGACACGGGAGACGUGACUAUCAACUGGUUCGAUCUGGAAGGGUCAGCGGAAGCUAUCGGAUGGCUCAGCGACGAGCCGAAUGUUGUUGAGGUACAUCAGUUAGAGCAAGAACCGUCAGAAAAGGGGACAACAAUGAUGGCCGGAAUGGCCGGGAAUCAAGAGCAACCGCUGGAGAGCACCAGUGAUAAGAAUUUUGCUCAGGAUCAGAACAGUUUGAGAACAAAAGAUGCUGACCAGCAGGCUGCACUGAAACACAUUGAUAGACUUGGAAAAAAGCCUAAAGAAAACAGUGUUAGCGGAAGUUUUGUAUCCAACUCUUCCUUGACAAAUAUAACAAAUGGUGUGAGGAUCAAAACCUUCCACAAUUCACCUAAAAUCCAAGCUUCCAACAUCACUUUUGAAGACAUAACCAUAAAGGAUGUAUCUCUUGCGAAGAUCAGUGAUGUUCACUAUAGGAACAUAAGGGAUAGCUCGGUUUCAAAUGUUGCAGUUACUCUUAAUUGCAGUAGUUCAGUCCCUUGUGAAGGCAUCGAAUUAAUUGACAUUGAUAUCAUCCUUAACUCCAACAGUUUAAAGAAGUUGUUGCCUCUUUCAUCUUCAUACAGCUUUGCUAAACCAGUCUUCAAGGGUAAACAAAACUCACCAACUUGCGAAUAA